ACGAAUGUUACGGAGCGAACUCCAACAGAUGGGUUGGGUAUUGGAUGUCCAAUAUUCAAUGGUCUCAAGAGACGUCAAUCACGAUGCCGCCUUACAUCAGGCACGACAGCUACAAACGCGUCCAAAUUUAUAUUGGAUGCCAUAUGGUGUAAGGCGGAUGCAUGUAAUGAGGGGAAUAUAUAG